GACGGAGUUUGCGCAUAUUCAAGGCGCGCUGUGCCGAUUUAGGCACCAUUUUUCUGUUCGGAUUUCUUGUUCUUUUUCAAUUGAACCUCCUUCUUUGCCCAAACAUAGUGCCAAGAAUGCAAUUUCUAAAAGCCAUUGAUACCAUGGUGCACGGCGGUGUGCAACAACCAGAAUCCUAUGAAAAGAAAAAACAAUAUCUCUUUAAAGACGUUUUAGGAAGCGGUUCUUUUGGCUCGGUGAAACAUGCUUCUCGCAUUUCAGACAAUAAAGAUGUCGCCAUCAAAGUGAUUCCCAAGAAGAAUGUCAAAGGUCACUUUGAUAUGGUCCAUGCCGAAAUGAAGGUGUUGCAAGGACUUAAUCAUCCCAAUGUCAUUGGAUUUUACGAUUGGUUUGAAUCCCGAGACAAAUUCUAUCUGGUAUUUGAAUUGGCGACAGGUGGAGAGCUUUUUGAGCGGUUGUUCGAACGGGGCAAAUUUUCUGAAAAAGAUGCUGUUGGUAUCAUUCGAUCCGUUCUCACUGGUUUGGAAUAUCUCCAUGCCCACAAUAUCGUCCAUCGAGAUAUGAAGCCCGAAAAUUUGCUCUUCAAAAAUCGAGAUUCGGAUGCAGAUCUUGUCAUUUGCGAUUUUGGUAUUGCCAAAUCGGGAAAUGAGGUCUCGGCCCUGGAAACCGUAUGCGGAUCACCUGGUUAUGUUGCUCCCGAGGUUUUACUUCGCAAAGGUUACGGAUCGGCGGUGGAUAUGUGGGCCAUGGGUGUCAUCACGUAUACAGUUUUAUGUGGUUAUCAGCCUUUCCAAGCCGAAGAUCAAGUGGAGCUUUUAGAUGAGAUCACUCACGCUCGGUUCGAAUUCCACGAGAGAUACUGGCGAAAUAUCUCCCAAGAUGCCAAGGACUUUAUUCGUCGUUUGCUUGAUCUCGAUCCCUCCAAACGCCCUACCGCCACCGAGGCUUUGAAGGACAAAUGGAUGACGGGCCAUGAAGCUACUGAUAUUGAUAUCUUGACCACGGUUCGUGAAAACUUCAACGCGAAACGAACCUUUAAGAGUGCUGUCAGAGCCGUAAAAGCGAUGAAUCGAAUGCGUACGCAAUCGUUAUCAUCGUCGCAGAAAAGCAGCGCUUCGUCCAGUCCCGCCAUCUCCAUGGUCCCUAAGCAAGAUCCAAUUGCGGAAGAAAAGCAAACCGCCACACCAGCCUCUUAACCACUCCAUUGUUCUUUACUUUACGAUGGAAGUACCAUAUUUCCUUUUUCUUUCUCCGUCCUUUGUUCUCUUAUGUGUAUCUUAUAUGCUAAUUCCCUCUUUUCUUUAUUUGCAACUUCAUGUUUUCCAAAAUAACACUUAUUUC